UGCGGCGGGGGGUGUAAGUUGGAGAGGCUGCAGCAGUUUGUGCCCGAAAAGGACACGACGUUUUAGCCUCUGUGAAAGACGCACGACAGCGAGCAACUAUUCUGCGUUCUGACAGGAAGUCCCCUGUAGACUAGUUUCUCACACACAGCAUGAUUUAUAUAUUCAUUUCGCUGACGUGACGCGUUUCCCGAAUUUAACACUAAGGCGACCUGUGACAGGAACAGCACGUUAUAUGUACUCGUGGCGCAAAAAAUGUCAAAAACUACAAAGAAACAGACAGACGAACCACUUCCUUCAAAAAGCUCCACGCGAUUAACAGAACUAUUAGCGGUGAACGUGACGAGCUGCGGAGUUUCGCAGAACGAGUGAGAGGGACGUGCCGCGUGGGGGCGCUGCGGCGGAGCGCGAGAGGGGCGCGCGCUCGCUCGCUCGCUCGCUCGCUCAGACAGAGAGCAGCGGCCGUCGACACCUCGCGGAGCAGCGCGAGCUCAGUCCGCGCGUCAGCCGCGAGAGCGCCGCUCCACUCCUGGCCGAGCUCUGUUCCCCUCAUCUCUCUCUCUCUCUCUCUCUCUCUCACACUCACACACAGACAGAGUUUAUGCGCUUAUUGUCCGCUGGGGGGAGAAGCGCCGCCCCGGAGGGGAGACUGACUGACUCGCCCAACUGCAAAACCGUCUGUCUUCCUGAAACACUUUUCCUCCGCUCACCUGUCUGCCAUGGCGACCACGACCUGUACGAGGUUCACGGACGAGUACCAGCUGUACGAGGAGCUGGGCAAGGGCGCCUUCUCCGUGGUGAGGAGGUGCAUGAAGAUCUCCACUGGACAGGAGUACGCUGCCAAAAUCAUCAAUACCAAGAAGCUCUCGGCGAGGGAUCAUCAAAAGCUGGAGCGUGAGGCCCGUAUCUGUCGUCUCCUGAAGCACCCCAACAUUGUGAGACUCCAUGACAGUAUAUCAGAGGAGGGAUUCCACUAUCUAGUCUUUGAUUUAGUAACCGGAGGGGAGCUCUUUGAGGACAUCGUGGCCAGAGAAUACUACAGCGAAGCUGAUGCCAGUCAUUGCAUUCAGCAGAUCCUUGAGGCCGUGCUCCACUGUCACCAGAUGGGCGUGGUCCACCGGGACCUGAAGCCAGAGAAUUUGCUUUUAGCCAGCAAACUGAAGGGGGCAGCGGUGAAGCUGGCAGACUUUGGUCUCGCCAUCGAGGUCCAGGGAGAUCAGCAGGCUUGGUUUGGGUUUGCCGGUACCCCAGGAUAUCUGUCUCCGGAGGUCCUGAGAAAAGACCCUUAUGGAAAACCGGUGGACAUGUGGGCUUGCGGAGUGAUCCUCUACAUCUUGCUGGUGGGCUACCCUCCCUUCUGGGACGAGGACCAGCACCGGCUGUACCAGCAGAUCAAGGCUGGGGCCUAUGAUUUUCCUUCUCCUGAGUGGGAUACGGUGACUCCCGAGGCCAAGGACCUCAUCAACAAGAUGCUGACCAUCAACCCGGUGAAACGCAUCACCGCCUCGGAGGCCCUGAAGCACCCAUGGAUCUGCCAACGCUCCACAGUGGCCUCCAUGAUGCACCGGCAGGAGACGGUGGAGUGCCUGAAGAAGUUCAAUGCCAGGAGAAAACUCAAGGGAGCCAUCCUCACCACCAUGCUGGCCACACGGAACUUCUCAGCAGCCAAGAGCUUGCUGAACAAGAAGCCUGACGGCGUCAAGAUUAACAACAAGGCCAACGUAGUAACGAGCCCCAAAGAACCCACCCCCACCCCCGCACUGGAGCCUCAGACCACAGUAAUCCACAACCCGGCUGAUGGAAACAAGGAGUCGACGGAGAGCGCCAACACCACCAUCGAGGACGAGGAUGUGAAAGUGUUGUUUGUUGGUGCGCUGAUGCAUGAACUGAUGUGCACUGCUCCACCCUCUCAGAGCUGCUGUUCCACUCUGCUGCUCCCCCUCCUCUGUUCAGAUGUCAGUUGCUCUUCUGAUGUGCCACUGCUCACUUCUCCCUUUCUCAUAUAAUAUAUGUUUUUCCCUCAUUUCUGAGCUGCGUUACUCUUCAUAUGUCUGCCGUAGCAUGGCCUCUGCUCUCUGCCCGCCGCCCUCGCCGUAGCUCUGUUCACUGAUGCGGUACAGCUCUGUGGCGGCACUGUGCUCCCUCUAGUGUACGGUGGAGCUCUGGGCUUCUCGGGGGAGGCGGUUGUGCUUCGGGGAGUUUAGUGGCACUACCCAAGACACCUGUCUGCGUAGGACUAGGCUAAAACCCACACACCUGCUCUUCCUUCUUGGUCCUUCUGCAUCUUUCUGUCUUUGGUUACUUAUAGUCAUACAGCAAAUACUCUGUUUCUGUCUGCACUUCUUGGAAGGUCUUGUGUGUUGCAUGCAGUGUGAAAACAUGCACACGCAGAUGCCCACAGUGGUGUCAGGGCUGCCUGCGGCGCUCUAGGGAGACCCAUCAAGAGCAACGGUGAAGACCUCAGAUUGAUACUUUAUACUUUUGUUCUGUCCUGGUCAGCUGGACCACGUGUACCUUUGCGUAACGUCCCCAGUAAGCUGGUGACCACAACUAGGAUGGGAGACGUGGCAAAGCGUGGUGAAGUUCCGUAGCUUCUGUCUGUGUGGGUGGGUGUGGGUUCAAGCAAAUACAGUGCCACAGUAGUGGCUGAAUAAAGGCUAAAGGCUAUAUCUGGCUCUAUAAAGCCAUAUCUAAUCAACUCUAAAUGUGACCAGGAGCCACCGUAACAAUUUCAGUACCGGUGUUAUAUGGACGUACUUCCUAGUUCUAGUGACAGUUCUUGCAGCAGCAUUUA